AUGCAACCUGUACCAAACAUCUCUUUAAACAUAAAUGUGCCAAUUUCAAGUAAGAAAAAAGAACCUCCAAGUACAGAAUAUGUGAUUGAAGUACAAGAUGGUCCAUCAAAUGUACACGAAUUAAAUACAAAUUCACAAACAUCUAAAGUAUUUUCAAACAGUAAAUUAUACAUGAAUGUGCCAUGUUCACGUAAGAGAAAAGAACCACCAAAUAUUGAACACAAGAUGAUAGCAAACGAUUAUCCUGUAGAUAUAUGUGAAGUUUAUACAGAUUCACAAUCAUCACAAUCUUUUACAAACAAUUCAUUAAAUAUGAAUGUCUCACGUUCUCGAAAACGAAAAAAACCUCCAGUUAUUGAACAUGUAAUUGAAGCAAAUGAUCGUCCCGUGAAUGUACAUGAAGUGAACAUAAAUUCACAAACAACUCACAAUCAAUUUUUACCAAACAAUUCUUCAAAUUCUAAUGUAACAGGUUCACGAAAGAAAAAAAUACCUAAAAAUUUAGAACAUGUGAUUAGAGCAAACGAUCGUCCUGUAAAUGUGCAUGAAAUUAACGCAAAUUCACAAACAACUCAGUCUUUACCAAAAAAUUUUUCGAACAUAAAUGUGCCAGGUUCCCGUAACAGAAAAGUACCUAAAAAUAAAGAACAUGUUAUUGAAGCAAACGAAAAGUCUUUACCAAACAAUUCUUCAAACAUAAAUGUCACAGGUUUACGUAAUAGGAAAGAACCUAAAAAUAAAGAACAUGUGAUGGAAGCAAACGAUUGUCCCGUAAAUUUACAUGAAGUGAACGCAUAUUCACAAACAAGUCAGUCUUUACCAAACAAUUCUCCAAACAUAAAUGUACCAGGUUUACGUAAAAGAAUGGUAACUAAAAAUGUAAAACGUGUGAAUGAAUCAAACGAUCGUUCCUUAGAUAUACAUGAAGUGAACGCAUAUUCACAAGCAAGUCCGUCUUUACCAAACAAUUCUUCAAGCAUAAAUGUGCCAGGUUCACUUAAGAGAAAAGUACCUAAAAAUAAAGAACAUGUGAUUGAAGCAAACGAUCAUCCCGUAAAUUUACAUGAAGUGAACGCAUAUUCACAAACAAUUCAGUCUUUACCAAACAAUUCUCCAAACAUAAAUGUACCAGGUUCACGUAAGAGAAUGGUAACUAAAAAUGUAAAACGUGUGAAUGAAUCAAACGAUCGUUCCUUAGAUAUACACGAAGUGAACGCAUAUUCACAAGCAAGUCCGUCUUUACCAAACAAUUCUUCAAACAUAAAUGUGACAGGUUCACGUAAGAGAAAAGUACCUAAAAAUAAAGAACAUGUGAUUGAAGCAAACGAUCGUCCCGUAAAUUUACAUUAA